UUUUGGAUGUUCUUGUUUCAUCGAUCACAAAUUUUCUAAUUCACGAUUUCAAUGCGUCACCGAACUUGAACUUUGUUUAUUUCAUCUAAUGCGUUGGUGGGUCAUUGUUAAGAGAUAGACGGAUGCAGGCGUAGAGAGGGUUUCUUGUAGUUGUCGUCUUGAAAGCAAUUUAUAUUUUGCAGUUUCUUGAAAAUAGAAUUUUAUACUUUUCAACAUUGAUUUUGAUGUGAACGUAGGUUGCUCAGGUUUCUUGUAAUGGUUGCUUGAGAAGUGAUUUUCUAUUAAUUGGUCAAUUAUCAAGAAAAUUAGAUUUCUUAGUCGUGCUGUGCGUGUUAGAGAUUGUGGUGGCAUCUUGUUAUUACUCUAACUAGUUAAGCUUUAUUGAGAUUUGAGAGAGGUGAUGCUAUAAUGGGGAAGCAAGGAUCCCCGAGAAGUCCACGUCCCGACGUGGUGAAUGUGAAAGAUUAUCACACAAGAAGCUCAGAAUGCUUGCCUGGUAGUGAUCCUAUCCUUGGGAGGAGAUUGUCAGGAGGGGACAAUAAUUGGAAAACAAAAGUUGCCUUGCUUCAUGAUUUGAAACAUGAGUAUGGAAAGCUUGGUUCUUGCAAGGCAGUUUAUGUUGGGAAAAGGCAUUUGUGGUUCCGUAAGCAUGUUAAGUCAAUUGUUUUUAUGUUUGCAUUGAUGGGGUCUCUUUUUCUGCUUGAUUCUUUCAUGGUGUCACUUUUUGAUUCGAUAAAUCUUCAAAAUAGUUCACCCUCAAGGACAUCAAGUGAUCUUAAGGGAGGUAGAACUGCCUAUGCCAAUGAAGAAGAACCACCAGUCCAGAUGUAUAGUCGUCUCCAAAACUUGGCUUACAGUGCCCUAUCAGAGAAAGAGUUAAAGCAAGAGCCCUCAAAUUUCUGGGAGGAACCAUGGAAGGCAUCUUUAUGGAAACCAUGUGCAGAUAGAAAAGAAUCAGAGAAAUCAGGGCAACCUGACAAAAGCAAUGGAUACAUAAUGGUCAGUGCAAAUGGUGGUCUCAAUCAACAAAGAGUAGCUAUAUGCAAUGCCGUUGCCUUGGCAUCUUUACUUAAUGCAACCCUAGUUCUUCCCAGAUUUCUUUACAGCAAUGUAUGGAAAGAUCCGAGCCAAUUCGGUGAUAUCUAUCAAGAGGAGUAUUUUGUGAAUGUCAUGAAGGAUGAAGUGAAUCUCGUAAAGGAUCUUCCUUCUCAUUUGAAGUCGCUAGAUAUUGAAGCAAUCGGUAGCCUAAUAACUGAUGCGGACAUUGUGAAGGAGGCAAAGCCCAUUGAUUACCUUACAAAGGUACUUCCUCUCCUGCUGCAGAAUGGAGUUGUCCACCUUCUUGGAUUCGGAAAUCGGCUUGGAUUUGAUCCAUUACCUUCUAGACUUCAGAAAUUAAGGUGCAAAUGUAACUUCCAUGCAUUGAAGUUUGUGCCAAAAAUCCAAGAAGCUGGUUCACUGUUGAUCAGAAGGAUAAGGAAGUAUGAUACUGCACAGAGGAUGUUGGAUAAACAACUUGUUGGAGAGUUUCUGCCUGGCAGUCCCUCAAAAAAACAUGAUUCAGAAAGAGGUCCAUCCAAAUAUCUUGCUUUACACUUGAGGUUUGAAGUGGAUAUGAUUGCCUACUCCUUGUGUGAUUUUGGAGGAGGGGAGAAGGAGAAAAGGGAACUCCAAGCCUACAGAGAAAGUCAUUUCCCUCUGCUCAUUGAACGCUUGAAACAUUCCAAGCCCAUCUCUUCAUCAGAGUUGAGAAACUUAGGGAGAUGUCCAUUAACACCUGAAGAGGCCGCACUUGUACUUGCUGGUCUUGGAUUCAAACGUGGAACUUACAUUUAUCUUGCUAGUUCUCGUAUAUAUGGGGGGGAAUCUAGGAUGCAUUCAUUUACGAGCCUCUAUCCCAACUUAGUCACAAAGGAAACUCUCCUGACACCUAGUGAGCUUGCACCUUUUCGGAAUUUCUCUUCACAGAGAACUGCUUUGGUUGCAGCUAGCAGCAUUGGAUUUUAUCGCCUGUGCAACUGCAGAUGUCUUUGCCAUGACUGAUUCUGGGAGCCAACUCUCAUCCCUAGUAUCUGGAUUCCGCACUUACUAUGGUGGUGGCCAUGCCCCUACCCUGCGGCCUAACAAGAAAAGGCUAGCAGCAAUUUUGUCAGAGAAUAGCACCAUAGGUUGGAAUAGUUUUGAAGAUAGAGCAAGAAAGAUGAUCGAGGAAGGUCAGAGUGUUUUGAUACGGGGUUUUGGUCGAAGUAUUUAUAGACAACCGAGGUGUCCAGAGUGCAUGUGUAAAACCCAGUAGCAUGUUCCCAGGUGCAAGAAUUUUUCAACGCUCUGUUGUUUUGAAACUGAUUUGCAUAUGCCCAGAAAAGCAUUCCCUGUAGGCAUCCCAAUCAAGGCGUGGCUCCUCAAUUGUUGAUCAUGUCAUCAGGAAUGAAAAUGACAAUGCUGAUAGGCUGCUGUAUCAUUAUUCAUUUGUUCAAAUCUUUAUACAAUUGUAGUUGUAAAUUUUCUUCCCUUUGGCUCUAAUUCCUUUGAUUCUUUCCAUUUGUAUAUAACAAUACACACGUUCAAUCCAAUAAUAUGCAUUCCUGAUAUUAAUAUUA